CAUUUCGGCCGAGUGCAUAUCGCAAUUUCAACACGGGCGCCCGCCUAGCCGUCGGCCAGGAGGUCGCCCAAAAGGCCUUCUGCCAUGAGCUUGUCUGGCCAAGGCAAGUUCUUCAAGAACGACGAGGGACGCGGCUUCAUUCGCCAAGGCGCUGGAACGUCAGACCUGUUCGUGCACCGCAGCGGCUGCCCCGACAACCUGCCGCGGGAGGGCGACACCGUUACCCUCGACGUGGGCGACCGAAACGGCCUGCCCCAGGCGAGGAACGUUGGCGGGGGAACUGGGCAGCCCAAUGCCUGUGGGGCCCGUGGCGGCGGCGGCAAGGGCGGCAGGGGUGGCAAGGGAGCCAAGGGCGGCAGGGGCGGCAGGGGCGGCAGGAGCGGCAAGCCCCGCCUCGACGUGCGCGGCGUCGGAGGCGCGGGGCCCGCGAUGGGCUCGGCCGAAGGCGGCCCUGGCCCAGGCACCAGGCUCGGGGUGGUGAAAUUUUAUCACGGCGCCAAGGGCUUCGGUUUCAUUGGCCAGGGCGAUGGGGCUCCAGACAUGUUCGUGCACCGCAACAGCGUCGCCGGGGGCCCGCUGCAGGAGGGCGACCGCGUGCGCUACGAGGUUGGCGCAGACGAGCGCACCGGCAAGCAGUGCGCCGUCAAUGUAGUCGGAGGCACAGGUGCCGACCUCGGUUGCAAGGGCGGAGUAAGAGGCAAUAGCAGCAAUGGCAGAGGCAAGGGUGGCGGCAAGGGCGACACAGCUUCCUUUGCAGGAGGUGGCCAUGGUGGCGGCAUGGGCACGAGUGGCCCUGCCGGCGGCGGCUUUGGCCCCACUAGGAAGCUUGGGGGUGAAGGCCAGGGCGACGUGGCGGGUGGUGUGUUCGGCAGAAUACCAGACCCCUACGUCGGGGAGCCAGAGCCAGGCCUCUACGGAUGCUCCCCUGUGCCUUGCAGUGCUCCGCGCGGCGGCCUUGGGCCUGCCGCCGCUCCUGGCCCAUGCAGAGGCGGCCCUCCAGACCCGUACGGCCCGCCAUAUGGCGGCGCUCCAGGCCCGUACGGGUGCGGCGCCGCAGGCCCAUACGGCCUUCCAUAUGGCGAUGCUCCUGGCCCGUACAGGGGGCACCCCUUGGAUCCAUACGGUCCACCGUGCAGCGCCCUCAGCCCAUACAGAGGGGCACCCCCUGACGCGUACGACGCCCCAUACAGCAGCGCCCCAGGCCCGUGCAGGGGUCAACCUCCUGACCCAUUCGGCCCACCAUUUGGCGACGCUCCGGUUCACUACAGAGAAGCGCCCCGCGACCCGUACAGUCCACCGCAGGCCGACGUUCCGAGCUCUUGCAGGGGGGGAGCCCCAGACCUGUUUGACCCGCCUUGCAGCGAUGCUCUGGGCCCGUGCAGAGGUAGCCUUCCAGAGUUGUACGGCCAACCGAGGUGCGGCAACUCUCUGGGGUUGGCGGAUUUUUGCGCUGCCCUGGACCCCUCAGGUCCACCACCAGUGGGGGUCGGUGGGUCAGUUGGACCGCCGCCUCCCUUCGGCAGCACUCGCGUGCCCUACGACUUUGACGGCGGUGGCUGCCUCGGUAAGGGCCGCAAUUUCUGAGGGCCUUGUUUUUGCGUCGCCGGCUGGAGCCUGCUGCACUUGGGGGGCGCAUAGUGGUAGGGGGAGAGCAAUCCAGCACGAUCAGAAGCAUCAGCGCAGUAUUCAGUCCUUCGCAAACGCCACACACUACCGUGUCAUCAGCAGGAAGUUCUUCCGCUCGCUGAGCCCUUGGCGAAGCGGGGCCAAGGAACCAAGGAACCAAGACCAAGGAUCCUGAGGAAGGCAGCCUGGCGCAGGCCCAGCACUCACCGGCUCUCCAAAAGCAAGCAAGGAUCAUUUAGGCAAAGCCUAGUGGCGAAAGCGCUGGUGUUGGGAUGUGCUCCUGACUUUUGCGUGCAUGCCGAGGGUCCUUUUCUUCGCCGCGGCUGCAUUCGGCGGAGGACGCUAGUCAGGAUGUUGUCUGGGGGUGUCGCAGAAAAGGCGGCUUCAAGAACGCAUGAAAGCGGCCCUCGGCCCGCUGCUCCUCCCGUCUCCGAGAGGCGCCAAGUCGUCGGCCGUGCGUGCGCGAGCAGGCGGGCCUCUUGCCAUCUCCUCGCGGCACAGCCGUGCUUAAGUCAGGGGGGACACUCCUCGUUGGAUCAAUUUGCCUCGCUGCCUCCGGCAGUGCCCCCAGUCUCCCGGCCUCCCCUUGGUGCAGGAAUUCCAGAGGCGGGGGCCUCCCGGUCCAGCAUGGGGCGUUGUAGAGCCGCGCUCGCACAUCUUCGGGAUCGCGCACGUGGAGUUGUCCUGUGUCGUCUGGCUCGGGGCGUGAGCCGUCCCCCUGAGCGGCUCGCUACUUCCGCCCCCUCUUUCGGCCGCGUCCUCCUCCUGCUCCCCCUCUUGCAUGGUGGCGCAAUUUGCCCGAACAGCACCCCCGUUAGGCCUCUCCGGUAGCGCAGACUUCCCCUGCCGCGCAGCGGACGCAAAACAUCCUGUGUCUUUUGUCUUGCUGACCUCUUCCCUUCAGGCGCGCUCCAGGGAUGCACAUCCGAAUCAUAAAGGCGAGACGCUUCUAAGAGGAAGGGCCAGGGCUAUAGGGUAGAGCGUCCUGUAGCCUAUAGCUUGCCCGAGUACGAC